UUCGUCCCGACUUGGUUGUCGACGUGUAGGCGUGUCACCGCGGCUGCGUGCAGACGCAGAGGAGAGACAGUAGUGUCCGCAGGGCACUGGCGUGCUGUUUAUGCGUUGAGCUGCACAUGUAUGGGUUUUUAAUAUAUAUUUUUCUAUAAUCAUGUCUCGAAUAUUAAACCUGCUGAGGGUUCAGCUGCGGAGAGAUGUAUCCGCGUGUCGUGGGACGGCUCGGGUUCCUCUGAGGGCCAUCAGCUGCACGACAAGAAAACACGCUGAAAGUGAUGAGACCCUGGUGUUGGGGAAGCGGUGGAAGGACACGGCGGACACCGUCAUCAUCGGCGGUGGAUGUGUCGGGGUCAGCUUGGCUUAUCACCUGGCCAAAGGUGGCGUGAAGGACGUGGUGCUGCUGGAGAAGUCUGAGCUGACGGCCGGAUCCACCUGGCACGCUGCUGGUUUGACAACAUAUUACCACCCUGGCAUCAACCUCAAGAACGUCCACUCUGACAGCAUCAAAUUAUACGAGACCCUGGAGGCUGAAACUGGACAGGCGGUGGGCUUUCACCAGCCCGGCAGUGUCCGUAUCGCUUCGACAGCAGCCCGGGUGGACGAGAUGCGGUACCAGAUGACCCGCACGCACUGGCAUGUGACAGAACAGUACUUCAUCGGACCGGAGAAAGUCCACGAACUUUUCCCUUUGCUCAACAUUGACAAGGUAUUGGCAGGUUUGUGGACCCCAGGAGACGGCCACAUUGACCCUUACUCUCUGACUAUGGCUCUGGCGGCUGGGGCUCGUAUGUACGGCGCCCAGAUCUACAACCCAGCCCCGGUAACUGCCCUCACUCCAACCGCUGAUGGCAAGUGGGACGUGCAGACUCCUCAUGGAACGAUCCGAGCCAACCGCAUUGUCAAUGCUUCAGGUUUCUGGGCCAGGGAAGUGGGACAGUUGAUUGGUUUCGAUCACCCAACCAUCCCAGUGCAUCACCAGUACAUAGUGACAGCAACAGUACCGGAGGUGAAGGCUCUAAAGAAGGAGCUGGCUGUCAUCAGGGACCUGGAGGGCUCUUACUACCUGCGUCAGGAAAGAGACGGCCUGCUGUUUGGCCCCUACGAAAAGAUGGAGAAGAUGGUGCUGCAGGACUCCUGGGUCAGAGAUGGUGUGCCUCCAGGCUUCGGUAAGGAGCUGUUUGAGUCGGACCUUGACAGGAUAAUGGAGCACGUGGAGAUGGCCAUGGAGAUGGUCCCAGUGCUGAAGAAUGCUGACAUUAUCAACGUUGUGUCGGGACCAAUCACAUACACUCCUGACCUUCUGCCCAUGGUGGGACCACACCAGGGAGUACCCAACUACUGGACUGCCAUUGGCUUUGGGUAUGGAGUCAUCCAUGCUGGCGGUAUAGGUAAGUUCCUGAGCGACUGGAUCAGGAAUGGAGAGCCUCCUUACGACCUGAUUGAAUGCGACCCUAACCGCUACGGCAAAUGGGCAGAUGUGCCUUUCUUAUGUGCCAAAGCCAGAGAGUCCUAUGGUUUCAACAAUGUUGUUGGUUACCCCAAGGAGGAGCGCUUCGCUGGCCGGCCAACCAGCCGAAAAAGUGGCGUUUACGACCUGCUGAAGGACAGUGGAUCUAUGGGCUUUCACGCAGGCUGGGAACAACCUCACUGGUUCUACCAACCUGGAGACGACACCGGAUACAAGCCCAGUUUCCGUCGCACCAACUGGUUCGGACCAGUUGGCAGAGAGUGCAAGCUGGUGAUGGAGAAGGUGGGAGUGAUUGACCUGACUCCUUUUGCCAAGUUCAUCGUGAAGGGGAAGGACUCGCACAAGCUGCUGGACCGCCUCUUUGCUAACAACAUGCCCAAGGUUGGCCAUACUAAUGUCAGCCACAUGUUGACAGCCACUGGGCGGGUCUUUGCUGAGGUCACCAUCACGCAGCUGGCACCAGGAGAGUUCUUGCUCCUCACUGGCUCGGGCUCAGAGCUACACGACCUCAGGUGGAUAGAGGCAGAGGCUACAGAGGGUGGAUUCAACGUGGACAUCAGCAAUGUAACAGAAGAUAUCGGCGUGCUGGGCGUUGCGGGACCAAACUCACGCAAAGUCCUUCAGAAACUGACGGAUGAGGACAUGAGCGACGCAGGAUUUAAAUUUCUCCAAUGCAAGUUAAUCGAGCUGGCUGGCAUCCCUGUCCGGGCCAUCAGGAUCUCCUACACCGGUGAACUCGGCUGGGAGCUGUACAUUGACCAGAAGAGCAUGGCAGCUGUGUACCAGGCCAUGAUGGAAGCAGGGAAAGACGAAGGCAUCGACAACUUCGGCACCUACGCCAUGUCCUCCCUCAGACUGGAGAAAGGCUUCAGGGGCUGGGGAGCUGAGAUGAACUGUGAUACCAAUCCUCUGGAGGCUGGGUUGGAUUAUUUCAUCAAACUGAACAAGCCUGCUGACUUCAUCGGCAAAGCGGCUCUUCAGGAAAUCAAAGCCAAAGGCCUGAAAAGGAAGUUGUCCUACAUCACACUGGACACGGAUAACAUCGACCCCGAGGGCAACGAGACAGUCUGGUACAAUGGCAAGGUGGUCGGCAACACGACGUCCGGAGCCUACAGCUACAGCAGCCAGCAGAGCCUGGCGUUUGCCUACCUGCCUCCGGACCUGUGCUCUGUGGGUCAGAAGGUGGAGGUGGAACUGCUGGGGAAGAAAUACCCCGCCAUGGUCAUCCAGGAGCCGUUAGUCCUCACCGAGCCCACACGGACCCGGCUGCAGAAGAAGGCAAAGGGCAAAGCAUAAGCACAGACUGUCCUCAGAUCAGUUUGUCAGCAGCUACAGAUGAACAAUCCCACUGUGAAUUAUAGAUGAGGGUCUGACUUGAUGAUGUGUAAAGCUCUCAUUGGGAGAAAUCAUGUGCAAUCCAUGUACUGAUAUGUUCUGCGGCCACAUCACAGUCACAUCAUUGACCAGUUCCUCUUCCUGUGCUCUUUCCUGUUGAUCAAGUGAGACUGUUUAGUAAUCUUCAGAGUGUGUAUCUGAGAGAGAUCAACUGUUGACUAAUGCCAGAGCACCACCGUGUCUUAAAAUUUGGGAGGAAUAAUUUACUUCUUGCAAUUGAAUGAAUAGAUGUUAAUGUGUUUUGUGAAAAAAGGCUUGAUUUUUGCAAAAGAAAUCCUUUUUUGUUUAUUUCAAAGUCACAAAUGAUGCCGCUGCAGUUUUCAUGGUCAUGAGAGCACUCUGACAAAGAAUAACAACACCAAUAACAAAAAGAAACAGAAUGUUUGCAAACUUGUACAAAGAUUGUUUUAUAAAUCUGUUUUUUUUACUUGUAUGUAAUUAAAUUGGUGUACAUCGAUACCCUGAUAAUUAAAAAAGCCAUUUACUCUG